AAUGAGCAAACCAAUUGUAGAUGUUGAAAAUGGAAAUAUCGCAUUUGAGGUUAUACUUCGGCCCAAAGCGGCUAAACCUCCAGCGGAUAAGAGUGGGAUAACUUGUCGAGUUAAGUCUAUGGAAGAUAUCGACAAGAAGCUACAAGGUGCCGAAGAGAGGAGAAAGUCAGUUGAAGCGGAAAAGUUAAUGAAAUUAGCAAAAAAGAAUGAAAGAGUAGCAGAAGUAAGAGAAAAAGCUAAACGUUAG